AUGGAGCUUCCUGGUAAUGGGCCACCUGAUCUUGCUACGGUCCUAAAAACGCUCUCUUCGUUCAGCACUCCACAACCCAAUCAACCUCAGGCAUCCAGUAUAUCACAGCCAACGAGCGAUCCUCGCCUCCAAAGCACACAUAAAAUACAUACGUCCACUCAUCCAAGUUUAGCCUCCUCAUCGAGUAAACAGGAGACCGGGGCUGGUCCUCCAAGUAAAAGCUCUAUCGGUCCGUCUAUAAUCACAGCAUGGCCUGUGGCUCUCAAAUACGUGAUGAAAACUGUGGCCCAGAAUGAAACUGUGCAAUAUAGGAUUAGACGGCUGAUCGCCUCACAACAUGAACAUGAGAGAACUUGGUGGCAAGGACGACAGAGACUCCUAGCAAAGCAAAAAGCUCGGGCUGGAAAUCAGAAAAAACUAGACGAAGUCCUGCGAUCUGUAGGUGGCAAGGUCACGGAUCGACCGCAUGACGCUGCACCAGAGGAAGAUGAGCUCGAGAUCAAACGUUAUGAUGAAAAAGUCUAUACAGCAUCGAUGGAAAUGUCCAAAGCUCUUCAUUCGGAGCUCAAGGCAUUGGGAAUUCCCUUCUUUGCGAUAAAAGAAGAGCUGAUUCAGCCUACAUCAUCGGGCUCCGACUCGAAACCACCAAAUAUAGAUAACAGAACAGAGAAGUGUGUUACAGCAGAGGAAGUAAAGGCACUGCAGCUUCGUAUGUUGGAUCUUUUACAGGACCUUUGCAAGGAAUGA